UUCAUUACAUUUCUCUACAUCCAGCAAAACCUACUUGAAAAAUACUCAGAAUUUCCAAAAUUCUAUCACUUUUCUAUAAAUUGUGCGAAACCCAUUUCUCAAAAUCCCACCAUCCCUCCAUAAAUUGCGCAAAACCCACUACUCAAAAUCCCAAGUAUUUUCACACCAAAAAUGAAGGAGUAUUGGACCUCUUUGGCUUCUUUGCUAGGCGUUUUGGCCUUCUGCCAGAGCCUCCUCCAAGCAGUGUUCCCACCGGAGCUCCGCUACGCCUUCGCCAAGCUCUUCAACAAGAUCUUCCACUGGUUCUCCUCCUACUACUACUUCGACAUCACGGAGAUCGAUGGCGUCAACACCAACGAGCUCUACAACGCCGUGCAGCUCUACCUCAGCUCCACGGUCUCCAUCACUGGCACCCGCCUCAGCCUCACGCGCGCCCUCAACUCCAGCGCCAUCACCUUCGGCCUCUCCAACAACGACUGCAUGGUGGACAACUUCAACGGCGUUACCGUCCUCUGGGAGCACGUUGUCACGCAGCGGCAGAACCAGUCCUUCUCCUGGCGGCCGCUGCCGGAGGAGAAGCGAGGAUUCACCCUCCGCAUCAAGAAGAAGGACAAGUUACUCAUCCUCAACAACUACUUGGACUAUAUCAUGGAAAAGGCCAAUGAAAUCCGGAGAAAAAACCAGGAUCGGCUUCUGUACACGAAUUCCCGUGGCGGAUCGUUGGAUUCCCGCGGACAUCCUUGGGAAUCCGUACCGUUCAAGCAUCCGAGCACGUUCGAGACGCUGGCGAUGGACCCGAAGACGAAGAGGGAGAUCAUGGACGAUCUCAUGGACUUCGCCAAUGGCCAAAACUUUUACCAGAAAACAGGGAGAGCUUGGAAGAGGGGUUACCUUUUGUACGGACCUCCGGGGACCGGAAAAUCGAGCAUGAUCGCUGCAAUGGCGAACUAUCUUGGUUACGAUAUUUAUGACCUUGAACUCACGGAGGUGCACACCAACUCCGAGCUGCGGAAGUUGCUGAUGAAGACUAGUUCCAAGUCGAUUAUUGUGAUCGAAGAUAUUGAUUGUUCGAUCAAUCUGACGAACAGGAAGAACAAUGGCGGCGGAGGGAAUGCGGGUAGGAAUUACUAUGAAUCAGGGGAGAUGAGAAGUGGUGUUGGUGGUUCUGGGGAGGAGGGUGGCGGAGGAAAUUCGAUUACGCUUUCGGGGUUGUUGAAUUUCACUGAUGGGUUGUGGUCGUGCUGUGGGAGCGAGAGAAUUUUCGUGUUCACAACCAACCACAUUGAGAAGCUUGAUCCUGCAUUGCUGAGGAGUGGGAGAAUGGAUAUGCAUAUUUUCAUGAGCCACUGUUCGUUCCCGGCGUUGAAUAUUCUGCUGAGGAAUUAUUUGGGGUACGAGGAGGGGGAUUUGGAUGAGGAGAUUACAAGGGAGUUUGAAGAGGUUUUGGAGAAGGCGGCGAUGACUCCAGCGGAUGUGAGUGAGGUGUUGAUUAAGAACAGGAGGGAUAAGGGCAAUGCGGUGAUGGAGUUGCUGGAGGCCUUGAAAGCGAGGUCGGAGAGGAGGAAGAAGAAAGAGAGUAAUGGGGGUGGUGAGUUGGAAGAGGAAGAAGAUGAAGAAGAAGAGGAAGAAGAGCAGGAGAAGAGGGCAUUGGAGAGUCCUGAAGAUGAAGGGUCAUGUGACCUUGUUCAGGACAGCUGCAAGAAAAGUGAUGAAGAGGAUGAUCAAAAACAAGAUGAUGACAUUAUAGAAAAAUGAACAUACGCUAUCAGUGAUGGAUUCAGGAUUUAAAAACGGAGUGAGAGUUGAAAAGUAUUGGAUAUUCAAAUUUUGAUUUGUGGGAGUUGAGGAUGAGAAAAUUAGAAGCUUUCUACAUUCUCCAAUUCUAACAUGUUAUAAAAAGAAUCUCUUGUCUUUGUAGUAUUUUGAAUAAUGAAAUCGAAUCCCAAUUUACUUGCA